CUCAAUAUGUGCAUUUUUGUCAUUCAAAUACACGAUGUACGCAGUGUUUUCCCCCACGCCGACUCCGCCCUCACCACGCCCCCAACUAUGACUAGACGCCGACUGUAUCUAUGAGAAAACUUUUGCCACGCCCCUACCUUUUGGCACGCCCCUGUCUUUCGACACGCCCAUUGCUCCAGGCUGCAGCUAUCCCUGUCUCAUUUCUUUUACUGUCUAUGGCUGGAAUGCACGGCAGGAGUGAGUCACUUUUCAGUAAGGUCAGGCGAAGGCGGAGUAUAAACAACGAAAAUAGUCCAGUGUUGUUUUUUUGUGUGUGUGUGACACGUUUAGGUGGCUCGGCGUCGAACAUCACAUCGCUGGCAAAAAUGACGCAAGCUGUUUUUUCUAUUGAUGUUUUGCACGGUUUCUGCAAAUGGGAGUUCGCUUUCACAUCCACAUAAGUUAACAGAGAAGUACAUUGUUGUUUCCUCUCAGUCCAGACUUCUUUCCGUAACCGUGGUGGGACAUUAUGUUUGGCGUUUUUCUCACGUGUGUUUUGCUUUUGCACGGUAAGCGAUUUUUAAUUAUAACGUAUUGUUAUUUUAUUCGCCAUUUCUUGGUGGGAGACAAACAUUAUUUACUUGUGGCGUCGCCAAUAAAAAGCUCCCUUAACCCGUUUAAUCACGGUUUUUUUCCAGACGGAAAAUAUCCAGAGGGUGUGUCAUAAGUAACCUUUUGAAAUGAUCAACAAUUACUUUAUUUUUAAGUGUGUGAAAAGUUUUGUUUCAUGGUCGUGACCAGUGUGCAUAAUGUGUUUCUGCAGUCAUAAAGUGUGUAUAUUUCCAUCAUUAUUCAGAAGUAUGGCCUGAGCUAUCAUUGUUAAUGUCCAGAUUUAUAUCAUCACUCAGGUCUGAUUCCACUUCUUCCUCUUUAACUCUUUCUGCCUUUUUGCUGGAAAUUAAUGCAUGGGUGAAACACAACUUUCUGAAACUGACAUUUUAUUAUUUGCCUCUAAUAUUAAUAAGUUCAGUCAUUUUAAACAAUACUCAAAUAUCUCCUUCUGCUCAGGUCUGUAAUUUGGAUGUGAUUUUUGAUGCGCAGUUGACUUUUAAUUCUUACUUCAAAAACAUACCGUAAAGAAAGUUGCUUUUUUUCCAUCUUUGUAACAUUGCUCACAUUAGACCCUUUCUUUCUUUCUUUUCUAGGCCUGAUGCUGAGAGGCUUAUCCAUGCCUUCAUCACAUCACGGCUCGAUUAUUGCAGUUCUCUCUUUGGGAGUUUACCAGCAAGUUCUGUUUUUCUGGUGUUGAUUCAGAGAAAGUGUCAGUGAUGGAGGGAGAUUCAGUCACGCUACACACUGGCAUCAAAACAAAUCAAGACAGAAUAAAUUGGUUUUUUAAUGGCAUUCGCAUCGCUCGGAUCAGUGGAGAUCAGAGUAAGAUCUGUGCAGAUGCUGAGUGUCCUGAGAGAUUCAGAGACAGACUGAAGCUGGAUCAUGUGACUGGAUCUCUGACCAUCACAGACAUCACAAACACAGACUCUGGAGAAUAUAAACUAGAUAUCACCAGCCGCAGGAGUGAAAAGACCUUCAGUGUUUCUGUUCAUGAUGCUCCUGUCGCUGAUCGAGAAGAAAUGAAGUCAGUGAAGGAGGGAGAAUCUGUUACUUUAGAUCCUGGUGUCAUGAACAACACAAAUUAUUCGAUCACGUUUCUUUUUAAUGACGUCCUCAUCGCUGAAAUCAGUGAAGAUCAGAGUAAGACCUGCACAGAUGUUCAGUGUGAGGACUCUGAUGAGAGAUUCAGAGACAGACUGAAGCUGGAUCAUCAGACUGGAUCUCUGACCAUCACAAACAUCACAAACACAGACUCUGGAGAAUAUAAACUACAGAUCAUCAUCAUCAGCAGCAGCUUCAGUAUUAGGAGGAGCAGGAGUUUCAGUCUUACUGUCACUGGUUCAGGUCUGUCUCUGUCUGUUGUAGCAGGAAUAUGUGCAGCUCUAGUUAUUCUGCUCGUGACUGCUGCUGCUGCUGGUGUGAUGUAUCUUAAGCAAAAGAAAGGAAGGGGGGCGGAGCCAAAUAAUGAUCAGGAGAAUCAUAUUAAAAACUCAUCCGUUAGUAAGACUGAGGCUGCUGCUAAUGGAGCGUCCUGUGCAAAGACUGAGACUGCCACUGAAAUACCACCUUAGCGUUAUUUAUUAUUUUAUUUUUCUUAAAACUUCUUCAACUGAAGAGACGAUGGUAAAUGAGAAAAUGUAGUCAAACUCACUCAAACAGUAGUCCACGUAUAUUUCCAGUUACAUAACCGUUGCCUCCAAAAAGACAGUUAAGCAGGAAACCAGCAAUAAAGAAACGAAGCAGCACAUUAGCAGCAGAAGAACAGUGAGUGCUUGAGGAUUUCAGUAUUUAGAGGUUUAUUUAAACUGCAAUAGUGACCAAGAGCAGUGAACAAAUUAUGUUUUUUGUGAUUUGCACCAUAAUGCCAUUUGCACUCAGGUACUUAAAGUGUCAGUUGUUUUGUUCCAUCUGUUUACAUCCUCUUUAACUGACUGUUUACAUGAAUACCUUGCCAAGACAGCCAUUAUGACAAGGAAAUGUAUUUGACUGCAGAAGACCUCGUACUGUAAGACACAAGUGCACUUCACAUACUAUAGUUUCCAUUACUGCUUACAUUAUUGUGCUCUUGACAUCUCACUGCCUCGACAUAUUUGAUGUGUGAAACAAUGUGAUUUCAGAUUGUUACAGUUUGUUCAUAGUCUUAUGCUUUGGAUAAUUAUGGAAUCUCAAAAAAUAUCAGAGAUUUUAAUCUCGCCUGAAAUGUUGUAUUGAUAUUUCAUGAGGUGCUGUUUAGAUAGUCUUACUGCCUAAAGCUUGAGUUUCACGUGAGGAUUUUCUUUUCAAUCUGUCUCUCAGUUCUGUUUAUGCAUUUUGAUCUUGAGUGCGCUGGUACGAUUUGUCUCUCUAAACUACGCCUCUGUCCACACGCAGUAUUCAAAACAAGCAACAGAAAACGAUGCAGGUCAAUCAACCAGAUGUUGUUUUUUUUUCUUUCUUUCUUUUUUUUUUUUUUUAAAGCAUUAACUGUAAAGUGUAAUGUGGUAAUCAAAAUAGCAUUUUUACUCUGUGCUUUUUGGUUAUUUUAACUUCUAGUUGAGUAACUUUAAAUUCUGCUUUAAGAAUAUUUUUCUUUUUAGAUUUUCAGUGUAACAAUGUAAUGUGAUUUUAACCUCUUUUUUUUUUGGCACAUAAUUUACGCAUACAUGCUAACAUUCAAUUUAUUUUUUUAAUCCAAACACAAAAUACUAAGAUAUAUAGGCUACUGCAUACCGCAAACCAGCCAAAAAAUACUGAGAUCUUGAAUUCUAAUAUUGCCCAUCCCUAUACAGAAGUGUACUGGAGUUUUAAUGAAAGUGUAUUUAAUUAACACACACUCAAAAAUAUUUCCAAGAUUGAUAGGUCUGGUACUGUGAGAUAUACUGUAUGUUUGGGAACUCUUUGUUCUUUUGUGAAUUUGUCUUUAGUUUGAGACUCACUGUAAAUAUGUUAACGCCCUCGAUAAGAUUCAUGCACUUCAAUUAUACCUUUUUUUUAUGUAAAUGUUAUUCUCCAAAUGUUUUUCUUGCCAAACUCCUCACAAAAGCCUGUUACAUAAACCAGUAAGAACUGGUUGGAACUAGACACUGAGGUUUUAGUUUCACCAACACAAAUGUUUCAGUGUUUUUAUUGAGCUGUUCAAAUGUUGUUACAUCUGUGUUUAAUAAAGAGCUUCUACUUUGU